AUGGCGGAGGGAAGUAGUAGGAGAGUCCCACCGGAGAUCGAGAACAACAACAAUACAACAAGAUCCAUCUCCUUCACCAGCGACGACGACGACGGAGCCAUCCACAGCACCAACAAAGACCACCGCCACCACGGCGGCGGCAGCAUCGAAUCCUUCCCCACGCCGGACCUCCACGACACCGGGAUGAAGCUGGAGCGAGCCAGGGAGGCCUACGCCGGCUACUCCGACGUCGUGGACCGGCCUCCGAAGAUGGAGGUGUGGAUGUGGUAUCUCUACGAGCUCUGCUCCUACUUCAUCCACUCCUGCCUCCUCCCCAUCGUCUUCCCGCUCAUGAUCAGCCAGAUCCACCGCCUCCCCGCCGAGCCCGACCGCGGCUGGCUCACCAGCCCUCUCGGCCUCUCCUGCCGCCCCGAAGAAUCCCAGCUAUAUGAAGCGCUGGUGAACAAGAACGUGGAAUUCGGGACCUCCAAAAUCUCCGCGCUGGAAUGGACCUCCUUCUCAUGGGGAAUGGGCUUGGGCCUGGCGGGCCCAAUACUCUGGACGAUAUCCACAAGCCUGGACUACGGAAAUUUCCAGCCCAUCAUCGCCGGGACCGCCAUCGCCACCGGAUUCUUCUUCUGCCUCCCGACGGGGUUCUUCAACGUCACCUGGAUCUUCCCGCCCUUCAUCAUCGCCAUCGUGGCGGCGAGCACGAUCGCCGCCGCCACCCACACGCGCCACCACGCCAUGAUGGUGCGGGGCUUCACGGGCCCGAACCUCCACAGAUCCAGAUUCACCCUCCGCCGCUGGGUCUCCAGCUGGCUCUCCCUCUACGCCGCCGCCGCCGGCGCCCUGGGCUCCGCCGUCAUGACCGCCUUCACCUACUACAUGCUCCGGAAGGACGAGAAGGAGCUCAGCCUCUGGGUCGUCACCAUCUUCAGCGGCCUCAAGUGGGCCGCCGGAAUCUCCCACGUCUUCUUCAUCAAGCCCGGCUCCGGCGACGCCGUCGCCCGGCCGUCUCCGGCGACCCACUCCCUCUCGAUUUUCAACUACCCGCACGCCUCGGGAACCCUAAUUUUGGCUUUCCUCUCGUCGUUCACCACGAUGUGCAUCUUCGCGAGCGGGUACUUGUACUUCGCCGGAUUCCUCUGUAUCCGGCCGCCGCUGAUCCUCUGUUCCUGGCUGAUCUACUUCAUCUUCCCCCUAAUUUCACUCCCGGCGAUUCAAUUGGUCCAGUAUCUGAUCCGCGCCGACGCCGUGAAGAUGCACAUGUUAGGGUUCAUCAUGGCCCUGAUCACAUCCGGGUUCGGGUUCUACUUCCGGGCCCGGAUCUGGGGCACCGGAGUCGUCCUAGCGUUCGCGGCGGUGCAGGGGACGUCGGCGGGGCUGAUGCACGCGUUCCAGCGCGUGCUGCUGUCGGACUGCUCGCCGCCGGGGAAGGAAGGGGUUUUCGCGGCGUGGUUCGAGUGGUGGAGGGCGGCCGGGGCGUUCGCCGGGUUCACGGUGGCGGCCGCCCUCCCCGGGGAGAUCAGCACCAGCUUGGCCGUGACGUUUCUGACGUCGGUGGCCGGGAUCGUGGUGCUGGUGUACGGACACAUUAGUGAUACGGGUGGGGCUGCCGCGGCGGGACACGUGGCGGGUGAGGGAGGGUCGGGUCGGGUUCGUGGUGACGUGGAGGAGCAGAAUGACCCGGACGGUGGGAUAUCGUCGCCGCCGCGGCCGCCGAGGCUGGCGUUGGAGAACAAUGGUAAUGGUAAUGGCAAUAAUAAUAAUCAUCAUAACAGCGGCCGUAGUUUAGCGUUGAUGAAGGAGGAUGAGGAUCAGGAUCACGAACUGAGUUUUCAGCACGAUCACCAUGAUGAUGAUAUUAGCUUAGCUUAA